AUGGCGGUACAUUCCCCUCAUUAUGUAACCAGACAACUAUUCCAAUGUGGCGGUGUAUCCCUCUACAAGAUCUCCCCAGGGGCCACAUCCAACAUCAAUAGUUGGGACCUCACAGACUCAAAUCAGGUGUGGCUGGGUUUCAUGAGGUUCUGCGAACAAGAAGCCCAGGAAGAAUACUCCACCGGCGACACCCAACUCGCAGGGUUGACAGUAGAGUCAUCGUCGUCGUCGUCAGGGGAGUACAAGAAAUACAUGGUGGAACCUUUCCAAAACUUACGUGCCAAAAUUGAAUUCUACAACCGACUGCCUGACUCCGGUGUAGAGGAAAUAUGGGCCGAGACUUGGUAUAACCCCUUAGUCAGCAUUGAGUAUGACAACACCAUGAAGUUAAGCGACUUGGCCCAUUUGGAGAUGAAACGAUUACACACUAUAGCCCACGAUAAUAAAGACACAAUAUUAGAAGUCGACAAUUCAGACCGACAUUUUCGCGUAGUGGUACAACUCCCAGGCACAGGGUACCAUCCAUACUUGGAAGAAGACGAGCAUGACAGCGACCUUAUUCAAGUGGCGCUUGGAUUGCAAAUAAAAGAUUUAAAGCAGGCGUAUAGGUUUGCUGAAUGUCUCGAAGUGUACAACUCUCGAUAUGGGUAUGCCCAACAUCUGUACUAUUACGACCGAAUGCUUUAUGCUAUGAAUAGCGUUUCAUUCACCAGUGACGUGGGCAACACCAACGACUCAAGUGAUAGUGUCAGUGAGGAGAGCGUUUCCGUAAGCGGAUCGGACAGUGAUUCCGAGACUGAUCUACAAGGGAGUCGCCACGAAGAAGAAGACGACGAAGACGAUGAGUUUGGGGAUUUCGUAACUAGUUAG